UCCCAUUGGCCAGUCCUUGUCCGGGUCUGCGAUUUGCUUUCCUCGGUGGAGAGCUUCUGAUACGCGCUGGCCUGGCUCACCUUGGUUGUCUCUUCAUACUCCAGUCCCGAGAUCCGGGCAGGAGAUCCGUGAUCCGAUUCCGGAAAGAGGGGUCUGAUCCGGAUCCCUCGGGCCUCGUGGCUGCCAGGGUGACCCUGGGUCUUGCCAUGAACGCCCCCGGUGAAAGGAGACAGGAAGGUAGACGGGCCCAUAGGCCCCGGGAACAGGACCGAGAUGUGCAGCUGUCCAAGGCCCUGUCCUAUGUCCUACGCCAUGGAGCUCUGAAGCUGGGACUUCCCAUGCGAGCUGAUGGCUUUGUACCCCUGCAAGCUCUCCUGCGGCUGCCCGAGUUCCACAGCUUCUCCGUCGAGGAUGUGCAGCGUGUGGUGGAUAACAACGGAAAGCAGCGGUUUGCCCUGCGGCCAGGCGAGCCCAGCACUGGCCCUCUCAUCAGGGCCAAUCAGGGCCACUCCCUACAAGUACCUGAGUUGGAGCUGAUGCCCCUGGAGACACCACAAGCCCUGCCUUUGAUGCUAGUGCAUGGUACAUUCUGGAAGCAUUGGCCAUCUAUUCUACUGAAGGGCUUGUCACGCCAAGGAAGGGCGCACAUCCACUUGGCCUCAGGAUUGCCUGGCGACCCUGGUGUCACCAGUGGCAUGCGUCCAAAUUGUGACGUGGCGGUGUUCAUCGAUGGACCCCUAGCUCUGGCAGAUGGAAUCCCCUUCUACCGCUCUGCCAACGGGGUGAUCCUGACUCCAGGGAACACUGAAGGCUUCCUGCUUCCCAAGUACUUCAAGGAGGCCCUGCAGCUGCGACCCACCCGAAAGCCUCUCUCCUUGGCUGGUGAUAAAGAGGCGGAGUAUCAGAGUGGCGCCAGGCACAGCUCCAGAGGAGGAAGAAGAAAGAUCCAACAAUAAAAUAUGUAUUUAUUAUUAAAAAAACAAAAACCCAACAACUCUGAAAACUGUCACGGGAAGAAAGUCCAGUUUGAAAGCAG